AUGGAUCAAAAGACAACAGAGAUGCAAAGUCAAUCUGUAAAUAUUUUGGAAAGGGAGACUAAGAAGCAAAAUACUUCCAUGGAUCAGCAAAGCCAUACUCAAAAGAAAGAAAUUCCUGAAGAACUCAAGCUUUAUGCACAUCUCAAGACGUACCCAAUAGCAAAUUCAUGGAUACGUAUUGCUCAUUGGGUUUCUAUGCCUAGAGUCAUCAGGCCAUACUUGUAUCAAUUGGCAUUCUCGGGCCCUGUCAAGGAAUAUACAAUAAUGGUCGAUAAUUUUGUUGAUGAACAGGUUUUAGGUUCGCUUGAUAGUGCGGUUCCCCAAGUGAAGACUUUGAGAAUGAGAGAUAUCAGAGACUUUUUGACGGGACCUUUUACUAGGACUUAUGAAUUGACAAGAGGAAUUCUGAGUAAUUCUUUAUCUACAACUGAUAGAAUGGCACUAGAACCGGCUAGAUUAAGAAUACACGAGACAAGGACUAGUUUAAGAAAUCGCGUUAAUGAGAUGUCUUCUAGAACUCGCCCUGUUGUUCUUUCAAGAGUGAAUCCGGUGGUUAAACCACUAAACAAAGAUCUGGCCAAAUAUAUCAACCAGAUGGAUCCAAAAAAUCCAAUCGACAACAAAAUCUUGGAGGAUCAGGACAAUGAGCUUGUUAACACAGUGAAGAUUAUGAAUGAGGGUUUGGAUAGAACAAGAUCAAUUGCUUCCACACGUUUAGACCAGCUAAGAAUCAUUCCUGCAAAUGCCUCUAAAAGAAUUUCUGAGGUUUACCAUGAAAGUCAAGCAAAAAGGGGUGAUCAAAACAAUAGUAGGGUUAUUAUGCUAAUUGCUUCACUGGAUACUGUUCGGGCUUUAGCAAAUGAUGGAUACAAGUUUUUAAGAUCAGGCAUAUCUGAGACCACAGGUUCAACAAAUACCAUUUUGGACAAUGAUGUUCCUCCAGAAUUGUAA